CUGAUUCCGUCACUUCCUUUUCCAGAAGAACGUGUUGAAGAUGGCGGCGGAGAAGUCGGUACCGAGUGAUCUUUUCAAGUGCGUGUACUCGUUUCUGGUGGAGAACAAGUUCACCAAAGCGGCUCAGGAGUUCUUGAAAAAGACUAAAGUGGCUCCGCAAGAUCAGAAUGAGGAGAGACUCGUCAAUAUCUACAACUUCUGGGUGAAAUCUCCCGAAGCCAAAAAACGAAAGGUGCCUCCGAACUGGACGGGACCGUCAGCCAAGAAGGCAAAACCCAGCACUGAGAGCUCCAGCAGUGAAGAGUCAAGCAGUGAGGAUGAAGAGGCUGGCGCAAAACAAACUAAAGUAGCUCCUGCAGCAGCCAAAAAGGGGCCUGCUAAAGCAGCAGCUACUAAAGCUGCAUCCAGCAGCAGUGAAGACUCUAGUGACUCUGAGGAGGACAAAGCUCCUGCAAAGCCUGCUGCAAAGGCACCUGUGAAACAACCUCCUGCUGCUGCAGGUAGCACAAGGAAAAAGGAUAGCAGCUCCAGCAGUGAAGAGUCUGACUCUGAGGAAGAACAAACCGCCAAAGCUCCUGCACAAAAACCCAAGGCUGGUGCAGUCACAACACCUAAAGCAGCUGUUGCUGCCAAAGGUGCAGCUCAAAAGAAGAAGGAGAGCAGCAGCAGCGAAGACAGCUCCUCAGAUUCUGAAGAUGAGAAGCCAGCCAAGGCUCCAGUCAAACCAGCUCCAGUCAAACCAGCCCCAGUAAAUAAAGCUGCUGCUGAGUCAAGUAGUGAAGACUCUUCAUCAGAGGAUGAGGCUCCUCCCAGCAAAAAACCCAAAGCAGGAGCAUACAGUGCUGUACCACCUCCUGCUUCAAUCCACAAAGCUCCUGCUGCACCAGCAGCAAGCAAGGCCAAGGACAGCGACUCUUCAGACAGCAGUGAUGACAGCAGUGAUGACGACAAAAAGGUGGCAGCAAAACCAGCCCCCGUAAAGUCACCUGCAGCCAAACCUGGAGCGUCCAAACCUGCUGCAAAGAAGCAGGAGUCCAGCUCAGAGAGCUCUGAUUCCAGCUCAGAAGAGGAGACGGCCAAGAAGCCUGCAGGUAAAGGAGCCCCAGUCAAACCUUCUCCAGCUAAAGAGGUGAAGAAACCUGCAACAAAGGUGACUCCUGCUAAAGCGGCUCCAGCUAAGUCCACUAAAGAUGAAUCCUCCGAGGAGGACUCCAGUUCAGAGGAGGAGGAGGCAGCAAAGAAACCCCCAACCAAAGCUGCACCUGCCAAGACUACGCCAGCUCAGAAAGACGAGUCCUCGAGCUCAGAUUCAGAUAGCAGCUCUGAAGAUGAGGCCCCAGCAAAGCCUCCCACAAAAACCGCAACCCCAUCCGCAGCUUCUGGAGCAUCUAAACCCCAAGCCAAGGCAGCAGAGACCAGCUCUGAUUCAGAGGACUCCUCUGAGGAUGAGGAAGAGCCAGUGAAAGCCAAGCCUGCUAAAACGGCUACACCAACUUCAAAGCCUGCAGCAAAGCCCCCUGCAGCAAAGCCCCCUGCAGCAAAGCCCCCUGCAGCAAAGCCCCCUGCAGCAAAGCCCCCUGCAGCAGCAGAGAGCAGUUCAGAGUCUGACUCUUCGUCUGAAGAUGAAGAAGAGCCUGCUAAGACUAAACCAGCAGCAGCUAAGCCAGCUUCAAAGAGUUCCACCCCUGCAGCUAAGCCUGCUGCUGCAGCAGAAAGCAGCUCUGACUCCGACUCCUCAUCAGAAGAUGAAGAACCGGCCAAGGCCAAGCCAACAGCAGCUAAGCCUGCAACACCAGCUUCAAAGAAGGCUACUCCGGUAGCAAAGGCUACUCCUGCAGCAGAGAGCAGCUCCGACUCCUCCUCUGAAGAUGAAGAGCAGCCAGCCAAGGCUAAACCUGCAGCAGCUAAAGCUGCUACUUCAGCCUCAAAGCAUGCUAAACCUGCAGGAAAGGCCGCUAAACCUGCAGGAAAGCCUGCCCCGAAAGAGAGUAGCUCAGAGUCCUCUUCUGAGGAUGAUGAAGAGCCAGCUAAGACCAAGCCAGCAGCAGCUAAGCCUGCUACGCCCGCUUCAAAGCCUGCUACUCCUGCAGCUAAGACUGCUGCUGCAGAAGAAAGCAGCUCUGACAGCUCAGACUCAGAGGAUGAGGCAGCUAAGAAACAAGCUCCAGUUGCUUCCAAGAAGCCCGCCCCUGCAGCUGCGAGAACAACAAAGGCAGCGCCUGCAGUCAAAAAGGCAAAAAAAGCAGAGGAGAGCAGCUCUGAUUCCUCAGAUAGCUCUGAUUCAGAGACGGAGACCCCCGUGACUAAGUCUACAGUUGCCAACGGCAAGGCAGCAACUCCCAAGACGGCAGCAGCAUCAGCGAAGGUUGCAGCAAAGCCAGCAGAGUCAUCAUCCAGCGACAGCAGCUCUGAGGAGAGUUCAUCAGAUGAGGCUAAAGUGCCACGUAAAGCAGCCACUGCACCCAACACCCCAAAAAACAUAAAAACACCAAAAAAUAAGAAGGCCACAACCACACCACAGACUUUCCCUAAAGCCAAUAAGAAGUCUACCAACGUACCCUUCCGUAGAAUAAAAGACAACGAAGUAAAUGUGGACCCGCGCCUUGCAGACAAUUCGUUUGAUGCAAAGAUGGGAGCCAAUGGAGACUGGGGCCAGAAAGCUAACGAUGUGCUCAAGUUCACAAAAGGCAAAUCAUUCCGCCACGAAAAGACAAAGAAGAAAAGAGGAAGCUACCGUGGGGGAGCCAUCUCCACUUCAGUCAACUCCAUUAAGUUUGACAGCGACUGAGAAAGUCCACAACCUCCCAUUUCAACUGUACUGUACCGGACAGAUCAGGAAUACAAGUUGUCUGCUCAAACCACCCUCCUGUAAACAGUCUCUCCAGCAGUAGCAGCAGCACACUAACAGAAGAUGGUCCAUCACACUGAACUGGCCCUUUGAUUCGACUUUGCUUUAGUCUGUAAUGGAGUUUACAUUUAGCAGAGCUGUGGCAGCAGGGAAAUGUGCUCCCAACUGUGACAUCACUUAUAGCCACUAGGUGGCUGCAGCCACUGGCUAAUGGAGAAAAUGUUUGGCUCUUUCUGCUUGUUUUCACAACCUCCUUUCUUCUUAAAUGUUUGUAACAUUAAGCAAUCUUCUUGUCUAGGUAUGAUCGAAAUUAAUCCAUCUAUACAUGUUCUUCAUUUUCAAAUUUGUUUUUUGUUUAAUAGAUUACAUGGAUUCUUGAUGUUUGUCCCUUCUUUUUUUUUUUUUUUUUGUCCACAUUUAAAUGUGAAGAGGUUUGGGGCUUUUUCUUAACAUCACAAGAAAACCUAUCAAGUAGAAAUUUUAUACUGUAUUUAUUAUGUUUUAUUCCACUUCAAUCUUUAAGGGCCUCUCAUGGUCGUUUCUCUGUUCAAGGAUUUUUUUUUCUUUGGAUCCGUUCCCUUUGUUAGGAAGUCCUUUCAGUCCCUCCCUGUACUGUUCAGUGGUAUUAAGUAUGUAAUUCGAACAUAGCCAUGCUUGUUUCAGUUAUUUGAUUAUCAUAUGAGAUCCUGUGUACCACUGUCUUUUUUUUUCUUUUACACCUCAAAUCUGUAAAUAAAGACUAAACAAUAUACUGGUGAUGAUUUCAUGGACAGUUCACUCACUGUUUGCUCAGCUGACAGUUUUACAUGUGCACAAUUGGGGAGGAACUCCAAUUUUUAGUAUCUGCACACACCAAGUUGUUGCGUGUGUGCUGAUAUUGUUGUUGGCAAAUUAACAGUCUAGAAAGUACAUAUUUUUUUAAACUUUGUUAACCCUUUAAACCCUGAACUGUGGAAUAACAGCCAGAAAAAAAUAUUUUCUUUUUAAAUUGAGUGCUUAUUAAACCUUAAUGAAAUAAAUUAAUUUGCAUAUGUUUACAUUUGUAUCCUAUUUGCUACAUCAGGCUUUAUUUUUUGCAACUUAUUCUUUAUAAAUGUACUUUGCAAUUGCCACUAGGUGGCAGUGGAGUAGCACUGCCCUCAGCAUGACGUUUAGUCAACGUAUGUAAACUGUCACCCGAUUCCUCGGGGCAGUUUGUGUCCAGACAGCUCAUUUCCUGUUUGUUUUUUUUCAUCUGUUGAACACAGAUGCAUAAGUC